AACAUUUUCAUUCUCAUGUUGCUUCACUUCAAAACCGACCGUUGCUUCACCGACUUUAUGCAUUAUCAAGUUCAUUACUUCGGUUACGUCUACACUGACACUGUUUUUUGUGCGAUAUCAACAGAAUGGGUCCGGGAGCAAAUAGGACGUCAACCGUGUUCUCGAAGCAAUAUCUACUCAAUUACUUUCCACGCUAUGCAGUAAAGUCAUCAGGCGUUAUAAACAUCGAUGAACGACCAUCUGCCGUCCAAUGCUUGCUGAUGGGCUUGCAGCACAUAUUGGCCGUAUUUGGUGCCACCUUCAUUGCUCCACUUUUGAUGGGAUUUGACACGAACACUGCCCUAUUCUUCUCCGGCCUCGGUACAAUUAUCUUUUACGUUGCCACUGGUGGCAGAGUUCCUUCAUUCGUUGGCUCGUCUUUCGCUUUUAUUGGUGUGGUUGUGUCAGCUACUGGCUAUAACUACGAGACGGGCAUACGUAACGAACAUUUAGAUGUCGCUGUUGGCGGAAUACUUGUGUGCGGUCUAGUGUUAGCUGCAAUGGGCAUCAUUGUUAUGUUCGUUGGACACACUUGGAUCGAGGCGGUUAUGCCACCGGUGGUUACGGGAACUGUUGUGAUGAUCAUCGGUGUUCAUCUUUCGUCAGCAGCCUUUACAAAUGCAACUGGAACAUCAUUCGAUGCUUGGAUGGCAUUUGUAACCAUAAUGUCCGUUUCGAUUGUGAGUGUGUAUGCGCCGGGUAUGCUGAAACGUAUGCCAAUUUUAACAGGUUUAGUCGUCGGCUAUGUAACCAAUUUGAUAAUCGGAGUGGCCGGUCAUGGUACUGCCAUUGAUUUUACCGCAGUUAAAACAGCUCCAUGGUUUGGCGUUCCACAUUUUACUGGUCCGAAAUUUGAAGGCCGGGCGAUUAGCAUCAUUGUUCCAGUGUGUGUCGUAUUGCUGGCGGAAAAUUUGGGACAUUUGAAGGCGGUUGCUGUUAUGGUUGACAGACCGCUUGAUAAAUAUUUGGGACGUGCGAUAUUAGGUGAUGCGGUUGCUACAAUCGUAUCUGCUUCAGGAGGAGGUCCUGGCACAACGACAUAUGCUGAGAACAUCGGAGUGAUGGCCGUCACGCAAAUGUUCUCGUCAUUGAUAUUCCUAAUCGCUGGUUUUGUUGCCAUUUUUCUGAGUUUCAUUCAAAAAAUCGGCGCUGUCAUUCAUACAAUCCCUAACGGGGUAUUUGGUGGACUGUCGAUUAUACUGUUCGGUUUGAUAACUGUGUCCGGCGCUAGAAUUUGGGUGGAAAAUCAAGUUGAUUUCAAAGAUUCGCGGAACAUGUUGGUGGCUGGCAUUCCUGUGAUAAUUGGAGCUGCUAUGCAAAUAACACUGCAGUGGGGAAACUUUCAGUUGGAUGGCAUUGGCUUGGCAACAUAUUCCGCAAUUCUUUUGUACCAAAUCUUAUUUGGAUUCAGUGGUAUCAGAGACUUCUUUAGGUAUAAAUCGAAGCCAUCAAACUCGAAUACUGAGGAACAACAGGCAACAUCAGCUAUAUAGGCCGCUCUUUUCCCACUUACACAAAUAAUAGAAUAAACCAAACUAAAGGAAAUGUU